UAACUCGAGGGCUGAGCACAUUUAAAGGUGUUGUUGCUCAACAGCACAGCAGUGUGUAGYUCAGCAGCUCCUCACACCGACACAGGUCAGAUCAGCAGGGCAACAAGAGGAGGACUCACCACACAAUUAGUCUCAUUUCUCUGUUUCUGCUCACAGUCUGACCAGGUUAAAAAGCUGAGGAAUUAAGCAACAAAAAGAUCAUGAACUUUUACAUUUUUUAACAGCAGGACGUUUGGAUCUAUUUAUUUUACAAAUUCAACUCAAAGGAAACGUCUGAGGACAGGUUUUUAAAAACCAUCAUGUCAGCAAACAUUUCCCACCCUGCUGUCCCAGUCAGAGCCGAGCAGCCCUCCUGUGUGGACAACGAGACUUUACGAGUCCCCCUGGCAGUCAUCUACUCUGUAAUCUUUGUCCUGGGACUCGUUGGGAACCUGUUGGCUCUUUGGGUUUUCUUCUGUGUUCACUGCAAGAAGAACUCUGUGCGGGUGUUCCUCAUCAACCUGGCCUUCGCAGACCUGCUGCUGGUGGUCUGCAUCCCCUUCAGGGUUCACUACCACAGCGUGGGGAACAAGUGGACUCUGGACCCCAGGCUGUGUAAGGCGGUGGGCCACCUCUUCUACAUGAACAUGUAUAUCAGCAUCACUCUUCUGGGRCUGAUCAGCAUCGAUCGCUACAUGAAGAUCUACGGCAGCACAAAGAUGCGGCGCAGGCUGCAGUCCACCACAUGGAGCACCGUCCUCUGUGCCUUCAUUUGGACCACAGCCUUUGCUCUUCUGCUGCCAUUCGUCAUCUCAAAUAAAAUUUCUGAUCCAAAUACGUAAGACAUUUUACCAUCUUCCAUAUUCAUUGCUGAGAAGUAUUUAAUAUUUUUGUCCGUGUGCCUGCCUGUGUACACGUCUGUCCACAGUGGUGGCACCAGUCCGCUGAAGSACAAAUCCACUAAAUACAGACCUAAAUAUUUAGUUUGUGCUUUAGUGGUUUCCCUAAUUUUUAUAAUUCAUAAGCAGAUUUGUG